UUGAAAUAGAUGAUGUGAUGGAUGAUUCUCUUAUAAUUGACUAUAAUAUUGGAUAUAAUAAUGACUUUUGUCUUUAUAACCCAGAAUAUACUGAGAAUUUUUGUAACUUUCAAAACGAAUCUGGCUUUUAUAUUCAGUUUUUUCAAGAAGACAUGUUAUUUCAAGAAGACACUUAUGAUAUUCAUCUUUGUAAUAAUAACAUAACAAAUCUACUUGUCUCUUAUAAUGAGUUUCAACACACUUUUUCUUCAAUAAAGAAUUGUAAAAAUGUAUCUAAUGUUGAAAUGAAUUUAA